AUGGCUGAGAGACAAAUCCAGCAGAGAAAGCUCCUGCUUUAUAGUCAACAUCUGGAGGACUUUUGCAAGACCGCCGAAGCCUUGCUGUUUGAAAAAUCCACCAAAAAUGCCUUACUGUCAAUCAUUACUAUCCAAUUCUCGCCAACCGCCGGGCUCGGACAUCCCUCAAAGCGCUUUCUUUCGGCAACACCUCGGUCUCAGAUCAAAGAAUAUUUCCCUCCCCCACGCACCAAAGGCGUGAAGCAAGUGAACACGCACUGGGUACACCCAAUGUUAGUUGAAUAUCUCAUCCCUCACACUGCUUUGACUGACGCCCACGUCAGAUAUACUGAUAAGGAAAUGAGCGACAUCCGUGUUGCUCAUCGAGAGGCUAGAAAUUGGUCUGACUGGACAGCACUCGGAGCCGUUCGCUUCUUCCGAUGGGGCAUGGACUUGCUGACUGGAUAUCGACAUCCUGACCCCAAUGAGAGACUCUCAGGUCGCUACAAAAUGACCGAAAGAGACUGGUUGACCCGUUUUAUUUUUCUUGAAAGUGUUGCGGGUGUACCGGGCAUGGUUGGCGGAAUGUUGCGACACCUGCGGAGCCUCCGACGAAUGAAACGAGACAAUGGAUGGAUUGAAACAUUACUCGAAGAAUCAUUUAAUGAACGAAUGCAUCUGCUCACAUUCUUGAAGCUUAUGGAACCGGGCUGGUUCAUGCGCCUCAUGGUCCUAGGUGCCCAAGGUGUAUUCUUCAAUGGUUUCUUCAUUUCUUAUGUAUUGUCCCCACGGAUCUGCCACCGAUUUGUGGGUUAUCUCGAAGAAGAAGCUGUGAUAACUUACACGCGAGCCAUCGAAGAGAUCGAAGCGGGAGAACUCCCAGGAUGGGACAACAUCACUGCUCCCUCAAUUGCAGUCGAGUACUGGAAAAUGCCCGAAGAGAAUCGCACAAUGCGCGAUUUAAUUAUGUACAUUCGCGCGGAUGAAGCCAAGCACCGCGAAGUGAACCAUACCUUGUCGAAUCUGAACCAGGCUUCUGACCCCAAUCCCUAUCAGAUUGAAUAUGCCGACCCAAGCAAACCACAUCCCACCAAAUCUCUUCGGAAUCUGAAGAGCACAGGCUGGGAAAAGAGUGCUAUCUUCAAGUGA